CACUCGAUGUGCGAAUGUUAAAAUGUUGAGAGCAUGUGACUGGAUCGUAACGUGAAAACAAGAAAAAUGCUGAAAUUAAUAAAGAGGAGUAAACAUUGAGUUUGUUUUGUUUAAAAGUGUAAACAACUGGUUGUUGUUUGUCAAAAUAUUUACUUUAGAUCGCAGAUGCUGUAAAGAUGUCUGGUGUUAUAUCCAAAUUGCUGGAAAAAGGGGAGAAACAUAUCAAUGCUAACAGAACCGCUAUAUCGGGUGCUAUAAUAGGGGCAGCACUUGUUACGUAUGGGGUUAAAAUAGCUUACCCAUUGCUGGAUGGGGUUAUCAAUAAAACCAACAAGGAAAACUUGAACAUCAAUAACAAUCUUGUGAAAGAUAAUGUGACAGAUGUUAAGGUACUUAGUAGGAAAUUCAGGAAUCACAUUCCAAACUUAAACUUGAGGUUUAUUCUCGAGUUCUUGAAGUUGAUUAGGAUUAUGAUUCCGAGUUUAAUUUGUACAGAAACUGUUUUGCUAACUGGGCACACCACUUUCUUGUUUUUGAGGACUUUUCUGAGCAUAUACGUUGCAAAUUUAGAGGGCGCGAUUGUUAAGUACAUUGUGAGAAAAGAUCCCAAAAAUUUCAUACAUCAGUUGAUGAAGUGGUUUGCCGUAGCUAUACCUGCCACCUUCAUCAACAGCAUGAUAAAAUAUUUGGAGAGUCGUAUCGCUCUGAGUUUUAGAACACGUUUGGUUAAUCAUUCCUACCAACUGUACUUCAAGAAUCAGAGUUAUUACCGAGUUACGGUAUUGGAUGGGAGAUUAGAUAAUUGCUCUCAACGUCUAACAGACGAUAUAGAGACUGUAGCGAACACUGUAUCGCAUUUGUACGGUCAAAUCACAAAACCUUGCUUCGAUAUUCUUUUGAUGGCGAUUGCUUUGGCUAACUUGGUAAAAUCCCGCAAUUCCAAUCUGCUAAUAGGGCCGGUUAUCAUAUCGGGAGUUGUGGUUGUAUCGGCUUUAAUACUGCGCCUGGUUUCGCCUAGGUUUGGUCAGUUGGUAGCCCAAGAGGCGGAGAAAAAAGGCUACUUACGUCACGUACACGGUAGAAUUGUUUCUAACGCCGAAGAAAUAGCUUUCUACGGGGGUCACAAAGUUGAACAGAGUCACUUAAGGAGCGCUUAUAGAAUCCUCGUUCAACAUUUGGAACACAUGUUUGGGGUUAAAUUGUGGUUUGUGAUGUUAGAGCAAUUUUUGAUGAAGUAUUGUUGGAGCGGUACUGGUAUGGUGGUUGUAUCGCUCCCAAUACUUCUAGCGGCUAGUAGUAAGAGUAAAAAAGGUGUAAAGAGUGUUGAACAAGAUGAUACUGUUUCGGAAAGAACACACUACUUUACCACGGCUAAAAACUUACUUCUAACAGGCUCAAACGCUGUAGAAAGACUCAUGUCUUCCUAUAAAGACGUUGUGGAAUUGGCAGGUCAUACUCAAAGGGUCGCCAAUAUGUUUACAGUACUAGAAGAAGCCUCGGAAGGUAUAUACCACAAAACACUCGUAGAAAGGAAGGAAAAGGUUGGUAACUUCGAGAUAGAGUUUAAAGGUGAUCAACCCAUCGCGAAAGGUAAAAUGAUAUACUCAAACAACAACGAAAUACUCCUAAAAGAUGUCCCUAUUGUGACGCCGAAUUGUGACGUCGUUUGCCCAUCUUUAACACUCCAUCUAAAACAAGGUCAACACUUACUGAUAACAGGCCCAAAUGGUUGCGGUAAAUCCUCAUUGUUCAGGAUACUAAGCGGUCUUUGGCCGGUUUAUUCCGGCGAACUACACACCCCAAAAAACGCCAUGUUCUAUAUACCGCAGCGACCCUACAUGGUGAUAGGCAAUCUGCGGGACCAAGUGAUAUACCCCGACACAUAUACCGACAUGAUCAACAAGCAAGUCACAGAAGAAGAUUUACGGAAAAUAAUGCGCAUGGUACACCUAGAACACAUCGUGGAAAGAGAUACAUUCCAUGAGGUGAAAGACUGGACGGAUAUUCUUUCCGGUGGGGAAAAACAACGCAUGGCUGUUGCUAGACUUUUCUAUCACAAGCCCAAAUACGCCCUUUUAGACGAAUGCACUUCAGCUGUUUCAAUUGACGUCGAAUCCAAUAUUUAUCAGCAAGCCAUUGAUAUGGGGAUCACUCUUUUGACCAUCACCCAUAGACCAACUCUUUGGAAAUUCCACACCCACAUAUUGCAAUUUGACGGUACUGGUCUUUGGGAGUACAGCACUUUGAACUGUUCCACCAGAAUGGACUUGAAGAAAGAAAAAGAAGAUAUUCUUAAAUUGCCAACCAGUGAAGAAAACUCGAGAAGACUGGAUGAAUUAAAUAAACUUUUGGGUGAAGAUGAAAAACUAAACUAACUAAAUAAAUGCGACACCACUGUAUAGCAACAUAAUCUCAAUAUUUAUUGAAAAAAACAUCACUUUUUUUUGUAAUUUUGUAUGAAAUUGUAUUAUAUUAUUAACUUAAUUUAUAUUAAAGAAAUAUAUAUUUGUAUUCCUAGUGAUCAAAGAUGGCUGUAGAAUAAAUUUUUAAAAUAUUUUUUUUUUU